AAGAAAUUCAUACACAAGUCACCUGUUCUUCUCUUCCUCCCGCCAUACCUGUCUGAAGAAUUAUUUCACUUUUCUCCUCUUUAACAACACCAAUUCAACCUCACAUUCUUUAGAUAUUAUUAUUGUUAAUUUUUGCCGAAUGAUGCUUCGCGUUCUCUCGCGUAACCUUACACGACGUCGUUUAAUCCCCUUCCCUCUCCUCCUCCGCCGCCGCACUUUCUCAUCUCCACCACCGCCUUCCACCGUAAAACCGCCCGGCGAAAAAAUCGCCAGUAAUUCCCAAAAUGCCCCUGCCAUUCACCACAAUCACACAAUGACCCCUCUGCCAUCUCUCUCAUCCUCACGCACCACUCUUCUUGCUCUUUCCGCAACCCUAAUCUCCACAUUUUACCUCCUCUCCCUGACCCGACCCGACCCGCCUGACUCCGGACCCGAUCACAGCCCACUCAAUCACGACCUCCACAACGCAAUCAACAGAAUCGUUAACAAGAUGAAGCAAACAGGCGUCGCCGCGACGGUGCUGUGGAAGUCAUUGACGUCGGUGUUGUGCUCGGCGAAUCACGAAGUUAGGUCCGGUUUCGAGUCGAAAGUUGCGGCUUUAUUGGCUGACAUUGCGGCCGCGAAUGAGAGUAGGAGACUUGCGCUUGUCGGUGCGGGCGGUGGAGCUGUGGUUGAUUGGCUUAUACAAAUGGUUGCGAGGACAGGGGAUAGUAGUGGCACACAGGCGGAGUCAGCUAGGGCUUUGGCGUAUUUGAUUGCUGAUCCUAAUGUUUGCGAGGCGGUUUUUGAAAGGCCUCAUGUUGUCCCCAGUUUACUUAGGUUUAUUUUUUCUACUCAGCCGUCGAAAAAGCAAACGAGAAGUAGUUCAUUCGAUAAUUCUGAUUCUUUGAAAGGUAAAAGCAUGCUCAUAGCAGCAAUUAUGGAUAUUGUUACUGCCAAUUGUGAGAGUGCAGACAAAGUGGUAUUCAAGCCAUCUCUACCUGGAAAUGCUGAAAUGAGAGAUAUUGCUGCAGCCAUUGAAGUUAUCGAGGAAGGCGGUUUGCAUUUGGAUGAGGCAUCUGGAAGUGAUGAGGAUGGUGAUGGUAAGGUAAAGGGUAUUGGAAUGAAAGUUCUUGGAGGCACAUCAGUAAUAGGACUUGCUAGAAGUAAUGGUCUUGUGGAAUUGAUGCACUUAGAUAAUGCUCAAUAUGAAUCAAUUAGAAGUACUCCCAAAACUACUUCGUUUAACAAAAUAGAUGAUUCCUUAUCACAAGCAAGUUUGUCAUCAGCUGCUAUACCUGGGCUCUGGGAUGAUUUACAUUCUCAGCACAUUGCUGUGCCUUUUGCUGCAUGGGCUUUAGCAAACUGGGCUAUGGCAUCAGAAGCGAACAGGUCCCAUAUUCAGGAACUGGAUUGUGAUGGAAAUGCUGUCAUGACUGCUUUGAUUGCUCCUGAAAGAUCCGUAAAAUGGCAUGGAAGUUUAGUAGCCCGAUUGCUAUUGGAGGAUCAAAAUCUUCCGUUGAAUGAAUCUGUUUCGGAUUGGUGUCUUAGUCUUCUAUCUACAGUAUCACAAGCGAGUAAAGCCGAAGACAUCCCUUUAACUCAAAUGGCUUUGUCCGCGUUCCUGAUUUCUAUCAAAAGAAGCCCCGAGGCACAGAAAGUAGCUGUGGAGAAAGGUCUGCAUCAGAUGAGAGAAACUGUUAAGAGGACAACGAAGCAUAAGCCCACACAAGAAGCACUGGCGAAAGUGUUAGAACUACUUAGUACUGGAGAAAUGCACUUGUCUAUUGAAGAAAGUCAAAAGUGGUCUGCUAUUUUAUUUCCAUGGGUUUUCGAUAAAAAUUCAACUGAAGCUAUGAGAUCUUCAGCCAUUAACAUCUUUUCAUGCAUUCUUGAAGAUCAUGGGCCGUUUUCUGUGCCAAUUUCUCAAGGAUGGUUGGCUAUUUUGCUGACUGAUGUUCUAGGAUCCCAGAAAUUAAAGUCAAAAGGCAGCAAGCUGCUAAAAUCCGGCCAAGUAAAGACUCAGAUUGAUCAGUCAAAUAUCGUUGCUGCCACACAAAUAGCUAAUCAAUUGACAGAUUCUGUUGUUAAUUUAGCGGGAAAUCAAUUAGGAAGGGCAACUGACAGUGAUGAGAGUUUUCCACUUGCAGACCUUCUAUCACUUGAACCAUUUGUUGGGCCAUUUAAGAGUUUGAAUAAAGACAAUCUGCCCAAAACUAAUGCUGCAGAUUCUGCUAUAGCCACUCUUAAGGGAAUCAAAGCCCUGACUGAUAUAUGUUCAGAAGACCCUCUUUGUCAAAACAAGAUGGUUGAUUUUGGUGUAUUGUGUUUGCUUAGGCGUUUUCUGUUGCGAGACGAUUAUGAGAAACUUGCUGCAAAUGAAACAUAUGAUGCAUCACGGGCGAUGGAAGCCGAGGAGCGCAUCUCAAGUGUUCCUGGCGAACAUACUGUUGCUAAUAGCACUGAUUCAACUAGUGUCCGAGUUCCACCAACUGCCCACAUUCGCAGGCAUUCUGCUCGUUUGCUAACUAUUCUUUCAAUUUUACCAAAUGUUCAGAAAGUUAUUUUAGAAGAUAAAACAUGGUGUGAUUGGCUUGAAAACUGUGCUAAUGGUAAAAUUGCUGGUUCUAAUGACCUGAAAACUCAAAGUUAUGCCCGAGCGAUACUAUUAAAUGUUCUUUGUAAUGAUAUAAAUUUCAGAGGUUCCGUCAAUGAGGAUAUUUCGAACAAAAAGAAUAGCUGUUCUCAAUUCACUGACAUGAUAUAUUUGAUCAAUCCUGAAAAGCCGCACUGGAAGUGUCCUGAGAGAGAAUUUGUAUCACCAACUAAGAAGCAAGAUUCUAGAGUAACUGGUGUGGUUGAUUAUGAUGACAGUGAGGAUAAGCCUUUAGCUAGAGUUGAGAAUGAUAAUAAUUUUUCUGCUGCUGGAGAAAGUUGCAAGGGAUCAGAUAUUCCUGUGCUAGAUAUUGUUUUUGUUCAUGGCUUGCGUGGUGGUCCUUUUAAAACAUGGCGCUUGGCUGACGACAAGUCAUCAACUAAGUCUGGUCUUGUGGAGAAGAUUGAUGAAGAGGCUGGCAAACAAGGUACUUUCUGGCCAGGAGAAUGGCUGUCGUCCGACUUUCCUUAUGCCCGCAUGUUCAGUCUGAGAUACAAGACAAAUCUUACUCAGUGGUCUGGAGCAAGCCUACCUCUUCAGGAAGUAAGUGCUAUGCUUUUACAGAAGCUUAUUGCAGCAGGCAUUGGAGAUCGGCCAGUUGUAUUUGUGACUCAUAGCAUGGGAGGACUGGUGGUCAAGCAGAUGCUGCAUCAAGCAAAAGCAAAACAUAAUGAUGGCCUUGUCAAGAACACUGUUGGAGUUGUAUUCUAUAGCUGCCCGCAUUUUGGCAGCAGGCUUGCAGACAUGCCUUGGCGAAUGGGUCUUGUGUUUCGCCCUGCACCUACAAUAGGUGAACUAAGAAGUGGAUCUCCGAGAUUAAUAGAGCUAAACAAUUUCAUUCGUCAGCUUUACAAGAAAGGGGCACUAGAUGUUCUCAGUUUCUGUGAGACCAAGGUGACCCCUAUUGUGGAAGGCUAUGGAGGAUGGGCGUUCCGGAUGGAAAUAGUACCAAUUGAAUCAGCAUAUCCUGGAUACGGGGAACUAGUUGUACUGGAGUCAACAGAUCAUGUAAAUUCUUGCAAGCCUUUGAGCCGGAUCGAUCCUUCCUAUAAAGAGACACUGGACUUUUUGUAUAAGCUGAAAAAGCAUAUGCGCUGAUUUGGUAGCUCUGUAGAUAAUACUAUGAAGAGUCUCAGCCCAGGAAUUUGUUUCUAUCUCAAUAUGCUGCGGAAGUGGCGGGGUAAUCAUUUUGACCAUACUCAGUAGCACAGCCAGGAACCACCCUUUAGAAAAAUGCCCUGUGCUGAUUGUAAAAAACAAUGUAAAAUGUACAGUUGUGCAACUUUUUAAGUACUUGAUAGCUUGGAAAUUCCAUACAGAAGACUACAAUACCCUCUACCUUAGAAAAUGUAUCAUCAACUGUUGUAUACAUCUUUGUUUGACACGCUUUCUUGUACAGAACUGAUUACAUGCAGAAAUGAAAUAAUUCAAGGAUGACAAAUUGUAAUGUUGUUUUA